AGUUCGCGCAAUGUGUGUGUGCUCUGGGCACCAUGGAAAUGCGCCAGUGGCGUCAGUCCGAUCGCCGCGAACAACGUUGCCUGUUGCCUGUUGCGGAAGGGAUGCCUCGAGGGGCCGAGGAAGAUGCAGUCGUCGUCGUCGUCGCCUGUAAAAUGCGCCCUUGAAGAAUGAUCGAUCGUGCAGACGGUCGUUGACGUCGGGGCCGUCGUCGUCGUCGUCUGCUGCUGCUGCUGGCGAUUGAUUGCCGACGAGGGCUCGACGAAGAAUCGAUCUGCAACAUUCGCAGAGCCUGGAGUUGAUGGUGGCGGGCGGGAGAUAGAAAUUGAGUGGGUCGGCGAUGCACUCUCUUCUCCCCAGCCACCACAGACUGCAGCAGGGUGCAGCCAGCGAUGGCGCGGUUCGGUCGAAUUUUGACAGGGUUUGCGAAGGUAGCUCUGGUUUCGACCGGAUUGGGGCUCGGGGGCGGCCUCGCGUAUGUCACCGCCACGGAUCAGCGGAGCCUGAAGCUCUGGACUGGCAUGGGUCCGGUCGUGGUGCAUUACCGGGCCAUCGAGGUGAAGCAGAAGUACCUCGGGCCUGCGCCUAACAGCCCCGAGGCCGAUGCGGAGUACGACGUUCUGCACCACAAGUACGCGGAUCAUGUGCUCCGGACAUUUCAGGAAUUGCGAGGGUUUUACAUCAAGGUUGGUCAGUACUUGGCCAGUCGGAAUGACAUGCUUCCCGAUGUGUACAGCGAGAAGUUGCGCACGCUGGAGGAUCAGGUGCCGCACGACACCGAUCGCGACACCAUUAUGGCUAUCAUGAAACAAUCUUUAGGAGUGGGAGAUUUGAAGGAUAUCCUCGUGGGCUUUGAUCCCGCGAAACCUAUUGGGACUGCUUCCAUCGGCCAAGUUUUCCGCGCGAGGUUGAAAGAAAACGGAGCCGAUGUUGCCAUCAAGGUGCAAACUCCCGGGAUCGAAGCAUUAUUUCGGAGUGAUCUCAAAACGGCGAGGUUAUUCUGCUCCGUCAUGGCUCCGGAGCAGGUCAUUGCUUUCGACGAGAUCGAGAAACAAUUUAUGACGGAAUUCGAUUAUAGAAAAGAGGCCGAUCAGCUGGAGAAAGUGCGCCAGAACAUGAGGAAGUUCAGCAGCGAAGUCGUGGUGCCCAAACCUUACAUGAAGUAUUGCACCAAGGAGGUUCUCGUGAUGGACUUCAUACCAGGUCCGAAGCUCAUCGACGGAAUCAGGGAAAUGGGAAAGGUGUGGGCCGCCAAGCAGGGCAUCGAUUUUGAGCAGAUGCAACGGGACACGAAGGCUAAGUAUCAAAAGGAAGGGCUUCCUCCUCCAUACAAUGGGCCUAGUGCGGCAACACUAGAAAUGUACCGCACCUCGCUCCAUGUUAGGGAUGAGAUUGUUAAUUAUCCCGUCUGGCUCUACAACACAAUCGCCCAACCUCUUUUCUCGGUUUUCACGUUGGGAUUUCUGUCCCUUCCUCGAGCACCGUAUUUUCAUUCUUUCAUUCCCCUGAAUUCUGCGAAAAUAAUGGACACUCUGCUAAGAGUUCACGGACAUCAACUUUUGGUGGAUGGGUUUUUCAACGCUGAUCCACACCCUGGCAAUUUUCUAUUGUGCCCGGACGAGCGGAUCGGGCUGAUUGACUACGGUCAAGUAAAACGUCUCACACGUGAACAGAGGCAUGAUAUGGUGAAGCUCAUUGCCGCACUUUACCGGAAGGACGAAGCACGAAUCCGAGAGAUAGUUAUGGCUAACGGAUACGUGUCCAAGUAUACGGACCCGACUGUCAUUAGCAAGAUGGUGGUUGUCUGCUUCGAUCAAGAUGGAAGGAAUACCACAGAUGGUUUGAACCUACAGCAGUUUAUGGAUAAAAUGUUCGAGACUGAUCCAUGGGAGAAGACUGGUGAAUUGGUGAUUAUGCCAACUCGAAUGUCCUUGCUUCUGAGGAGCAUUGGGCUGAUGAUGAACCACCCUGUCUCCGUUGUGAGCGUCUGGGGACCCAUGGCGGAGAUGGUUCUCAAGCGUGAGAAGAUUGCUUACAGCGCUUAGUGCUUCGUCAUGUGAGACUCAGGCAUUGGUUCAUGUGUGUGUCCGCCUGAAUCCUCCACAGCUGGUUUGACCAGCAGUUUUUUGACCUGGAUUUUGGCAAUGGUCCGCCAAAAAACAUUGCGUCUCUUCGGUAGCACUUUCGAAUUAGCCAUAUUCAACUUUCAAUAUCAAAGUGCUCAUGAGCGAUUCGAAAGUCGAGGCCAGGCAAAGGUCUGGCUAAUCGGCAUACCUAUCGAGCUCCAGUUCAGCUUUGACGUUCCCCUUAGGCACAGCAGAGUGUCGCAUUUUUGACUCCUGUAUAUACCCUCAUUGGCCCUUUUCUGCUGAGGUUUUGAAGAUUUUCGAAAACAGGUUGGACCACU